UGAGUUGGAUCACAAGAAACACCAAAAUGACAAUUAUUGCUACCAUUUUUGUCAUAUCUAAGUUUCUACUAUUCUUCUCCAAAUUUUCCACUGCAGCCGAUACUAUUAGUCAAUCAGAAUCACUUUCAGAUGGAAGCACCUUGAUUUCCAAAGAUGGAACCUUCGAAUUAGGUUUCUUCAGUCCAGGUAAUUCCCCAAACCGCUAUGUCGGAAUUUGGUACAAAAACAUCCCGGUUAAGACUGUAGUUUGGGUUGCCAAUCGCGAUAAUCCAUGCAAAGAUAACUCCAGCAAGUUGAUAAUAAACGAAGAAGGAAACCUUGUUGUUCUCGGCAACAAUCAGUCUCUUCUAUGGUCGACAAAUACAACUAAGAUGACUUCCAUUCCCAUCGCGCAACUCCUCGACAAUGGAAAUUUAGUACUUAAAGAUGAAAGGGAUGAAGAGAAUUUCUUGUGGCAAAGCUUUGAUUAUCCUGAUAAUACAAUAUUAGCAGGAAUGAAGAUUGGUUGGGACAAGAAAAGUGGUAUAAAUAGGGGUUUCAAUGCAUGGAAAAACUGGGAAGACCCGUCUUCGGGUAAUUUUACUUCAGGUAUGAGACUUAGCAUUAUUCCAGAAAUGUUUAUUUGGAAAGAUUCAGUUGAGAUUUUCAGAACAGGACCAUUUAGUAACGUAUUUGCAUUGCAAGAGAAUCCAGUUUAUAGUUACGAAUUCGUAAACAAUGAAGACGAAGUUUAUUAUAUAUACACACUCAAGAACACCUCUGUGAUUACCAUACUUGUUUUGAAUCAAACUCUUUUACUUCGUCAACGUCUCAUUUGGAUUCCUGAAUCGAAAACAUGGAAUGUUUACCAAAACUUUCCACAAGAUAGGUGUGAUGAUUAUAACAUCUGUGGUGCAAAUGGAAAUUGUGUCAUUGGUGGAUCGCCGAUUUGUAAGUGCUUAGACGGGUUUAAGCCGAAAUCACCUCAACAGUGGAAUGCAAUGGACUGGACACAAGGAUGCGUGCGAGGCGGAAAUUGGACUUGUGGAGACGAGAGUCGAGAUGGAUUUCUUAAACUUGUUAAAAUGAAGGUACCAGAUACUAAAAAUUGUUGGGUUAAUGAAAAUAUGACACUGGAUGAAUGUAAGGUCAAAUGUUUGCAAAAUUGUUCAUGCACAGCUUACUCAAGCUUAAGCCCUAAGGAAGGAAGCAUCGGUUGUUCUAUAUGGUUUGAUGAUCUUGUAGAUUUGAGAGGUUCAGAAAGUGGGCAAGACUUGUAUGUACGCACCGACACUUCUAAUAUAGAUAACAAAGACGGGCGUAACAAGAAGGUUAGCUUUGGAGUUCCAAUCAUCGUUUCAGUAGUCAUUGUGAUGCUAUUGGCUUUCUGCGUUUACAAAAGAAAGAUGAAUAAUAAAGCCAAAGAGAAAUCAGAAAACGACAUAUGGAUGGAAGACCAAAAUGAUGUAGAGCUUCCUUUCUUUGAUCUUUCAACAAUACUUGAUGCAACUAAUAAGUUCUCAACGGACAACAAACUUGGUGAAGGUGGUUUUGGACCGGUAUACAAGGGUAUACUACAAGAUGGUCAAGAAAUAGCAGUCAAAAGACUUUCUGGGAAUUCUAUACAAGGAUUGGAAGAAUUUAAGAGUGAAGUAAUAUUAUGUGCUAAACUUCAACACCGAAAUCUUGUUAAGGUGAUUGGUUGUUGCAUUGAAAAAGAUGAGAAAAUACUGGUUUAUGAACACAUGUCAAACAAAGGCUUGGAUUCAUUUAUUUUUGAUCCAAUUCAAAGUAAACUGUUAGAUUGGUCGACGCGUUUUAACAUCUUGUAUGGAAUUGCUCGAGGUCUUCUUUAUUUACAUCAAGAUUCAAGAUUGAGGAUCAUACAUAGAGAUUUGAAGGCAAGUAAUAUUUUAUUAGACAACGAUAUGAAUCCAAAAAUUUCAGAUUUUGGUUUGGCUAGAAUGUGUGGAGCUGAUCAAAUCGAAGGGAAAACAAUUCGAAUCGUUGGCACUUAUGGUUAUAUGGCACCUGAAUAUGCCAUCGAUGGAUUAUUCUCUAUUAAAUCAGAUGUAUUUAGUUUUGGCGUAUUAGUCCUCGAACUUAUAAGUGGACUGAAAAAUAGGACACGUACCUACAAUCAACAAGAUCACAAUCUUAUUGCGCAUGCAUGGAGAUUAUGGAAGGAGGGAACUAUACACACAUUGAUUGAUACUAAUUUGAUGGAUACAUGUAUUCUACAUGAAGCUUUGCGGUGUUUACAAAUAGGUCUUUUGUGUCUGCAACAUCUUCCUAUUGAUAGACCAAACAUGACAUCUGUGGUUGUAAUGUUGAGCAGUAAUUCUGCUUUACCUCAACCACAUGAACCAAGUUACUUAUUUAGCAACGUAUCCAAUGAAAUAGAAUCUUCAUCUUCUGAAAUACAGAUAUCAUCUUCAAUAAAUAAAGUAACUAUAUCCUUAUUAGAUGCUAGAUGAAACAUUCUAGAGAUUUUUCGAGUUUAUGUAAAAUUACAUAAUUUGUAUUAUAUUUGGGUGUGUGUGUGAGAUAUAGAUUUGUCGAUGGUGUGAUAUAGACGUGGGAGAGGCUGUUGGAUUACACACAACUUUGGAUUGGACCUCUAUUCAAUAGUUUGACAAUGUCGAUUUUGUAUUUGAUUGUAAAAGAGUUGUUGAUUGUGUCAAUUCUGACUUGAUUAGACAAAGUUAUCAUUUAUUUCCUAAUAAGAGCGGUAUUUAAAACGAGUUGUAAA